AUGCUUUCACUCCCAAAUCUCGCGCCUAGAGACUCAUACUCCCUCUGGUACACCUCCUCCCACAACUCGAACCCCACAGUCCACCAUGACAGCAGUAUCAACCCCUCCGACCCGCAAGCUCCAAAUCAAACGCAGCCUUCCCACCCUUCUCAGCGCCGCCAUCACCAUGCCAUGCAUCGCCAUCCUCUCGCGCGCCUGCGGCUAGACGAAGAAUACAUUGAGCGGCGCAAGCAAAACGUCCAGAAUUACGGCAACUCGUGGAUCAAACCCCCCGGUAUCUCAAAGUCGCUCUACCAAUUAAGGGAAGAGAAGCGCGAGAUGGAAGAGCAUCAGGAGGCUUUACGGCGCGAGGCGCUGGCGCAGGAACUCGCUGAGGCGGAGGCGGCUGAGGGCGUGGAUGCGCUGCUGGGCGGGGAAGGGCUGGAUGCGGAAGAGGGGAUGGGGGAGGGAGAGGAAAGGGAUUUGGAUGACGAUGUGCCGGAGGCGGAGACUACGGUUCUGGAAGGUGAUGGUGACGAGGAUGAGGAUGCUGAGGAAGAUGACGAUCAAGAUGAUUCUGCGGACGAGGAUCUGGAGCAGGAGGAUGUGCCCAGGGGCGUCUUGGCUUCAAGGGUUCCUGACGACGUAUACAGGGAAGCUCUUGCGCGUGGGGAAGAAAUCGGCGCGCCGCGUUUUGGCGACGAGGGUAAUUCCACAGUGGACGAUGAAGACAAUUCGCACAUGUUGCAAGAGGAGGAUCUCGUCCAAGAAACGGAGUUACAAGGGGACCCCGAUGAGGAUAUGGAUAUGGAUGCUGAUCUGGAUGACGAUAUACCGGAGGCGGGCGGCUACGAACAUACUGAUACUGAGGAUGAACUCUCGAGUAGUGAUGAUGAUGAUGAGAGUUUGAAUACUGGCGUCCUGCCGAGAGGUUUCCCGCCGGGUUCGAGUAUGGUUCGAAGUGAUGGGACGCAGAAUAGUAUGGAUUUGAGUAGCAUGCUUUCGAAUGGAAGUAGCCAGGUAGGAAGUAGUCCACACCAGAUAUCUGGUCCCCGGAGGAGGGGAGGUUGA